CCAUUAAUUUUUCUAAGUGUAUAUACAUAUUUAUAUACAAAUAUGGAGAGAACCAGAUCGUUUCUACAAUCGCCUACAUAUGGAAAUGUCAUCACUGUUCUUAGCAUCGAUGGCGGUGGAAUAAGAGGAAUUAUUCCAGGAACUAUCCUUGCCUUCUUAGAAUCUGAGCUUCAGAAAGUGGAUGAAGACGAGAAUGCAAGGCUAGCAGAUUAUUUUGAUGUGAUUGCAGGAACUAGUACAGGUGGACUUCUUACUGCUAUGAUAAGUGCCCCAAACGAAAACAACAGGCCUUUGUUUUCUGCUAAAGAUAUCAUCGACUUCUACCUCCAACACUGUCCUCAUAUCUUCCCUCAAAAGCAUAGAUGGUCAUUUGGUGGAGUACUAGUCCAAAUAUUCAAGUCUCUAAUGGGACCAAAAUACGACGGUAAGUAUUUGCAUAAGCUGCUCAGAGAAAAAUUAGGUGACCUGAAGUUGCACCAAACUCUCACUAAUGUCAUAAUUCCAACAUUUGAUAUCAAGCGUCUCCAACCUAUUGUCUUCUCUAGCUAUGAGGUAAAAAGGAACUCAAGCCUAGAUGCUAAGUUGUCAGAUAUUUGUAUUGGAACCUCAGCUGCUCCAACCUAUCUUCCUUCUCAUUCUUUCCAAACCCAAAAGCCUAAUGGUCAAGUUAGAGAAUUUCAUCUCAUUGAUGGCGGUGUUCUCGCCAAUAACCCGGCGUUGGUCGCUAUAAAUGAAGUGUCGAAAGAAAUUCACCAAGGGAAUCGUGACUUCUUUCCAAUAAGGCCAACAGAGUUCGGGCGGUUCCUGGUGAUAUCGAUAGGAACGGGUUCAGCCAAAGCAGAAGAGAAGUAUAGAGCUGAUGAGGCUGCAAAAUGGGGUGUGUUGGGAUGGUUGAACAGUCACCACUCCACACCUUUGGUCGAUAUUUUUACUCAAGCUAGUAGUGAUUUGGCUGAUAUUUUUCUCUCUACAGUUUUCCAAGCUCUCCAUUCUGAGAAGAAUUACCUUCGAAUCCAGGAUGACACACUGGGCGAUAAGGAAUCUUCGUUGGAUAUUACUACCGAAGACAAUCUAAACAAGCUUGUGAAAAUUGGAGAGGAGUUGUUGCUUAAACCUGUUUCAAUGGUUAACUUGGAUACUGGUAUUUAUUCUCCUAAACAUGGAACUACAAAUGGAGAAGCUCUUAGAAGGGUUGCUCAAAUGCUUUCCCGGGAGAGACAAACUCGUGAAGCAAGAUCACCUAUGGUAAAGGUAACGGGUGUUAAAGCUGCUACUACACGUGACAGUAAAUAUACUCUAAGAUUAUAAAUCAAUAUAUAGGAAAUUCUCCUACAGGCCUCACUUUAGCCCCUACUAAUGUGGCUCUCAGUGUUCUCGACUCAUGAAUAGUUUUUUAUACGAUUUUUUUAUGACCAUGUAUAUUGUAGCUAUUUAGAGCAUCUUGUAAAUCUUCAGAAAAUUCCGAAUAGUUUACAGUACCGAAAACUAAGUUCAAACAUAUUGCACGUGUGAUUUUUUUUUUUUAUGCGUGUGAAAAUCAACAUGUUUGAAUCUAGUUUUCGUUACUGUAAACUAUUCAGAAUUUUCUGAAAAUUUGUAUCAUGCUCUAAAUAGCUACAAGAUACGCGUUCAUAAAAAAAUCGCGCCGAAAUCUAUUAACGAGUCAAGAAAUACUAAAAGCCCUACUAAUAAAGCUUAAAAUGAAACUUUUAUAUAAAAAAAAAAAUUGUCCUAUAUAUAUUUCGAAUGAAUUGAAGGACAUCUAGAUUUGUAAUAUUUAAAGUUUCCACUUUAUGUUUCAAUUAAUAAUCAUCCAAUAAUUAAUUUGUUGGUCACAAGGAUA